AGUCGGAACAUCGGCGGCUGCCCGGGUGACUCGGUUAUAUGUCACAGAAUAACAUUCGAGAAUGGGACAUGGAAUGAGGCGACGACCGCAACAGCCCCAGCCGCCCCAGGCCCAGGCCCAGCAGCAGCAGCAGCAGCCCCCACCACCCCCGCCGCCCGGAGAGGCUCUGCAGCCAUGAGGCCGACUGUGCAGAGGCACGGCCCGUAAGCGGAGCUCCAGCCGCCGCUCCCCCUUCGCGCGUCCUGCGGCAGCGAGAGGCAUGGAGAAGGCCGCCCCUGCGGGGCGCUGAUCCCCGCGCCGCGCCCGCGCGCACACGCCCCCCGCUGCCGCCGCCGCCUCCGCGGGCCCCCAGCGCAGCUCUCCCCGCCCCGGCCCCGCCAUGACCGGCUCGGCGGCCGACACUCACCGCUGCCCCCACCCCAAAGGCGCCAAAGGCACCAGGUCCCGGAGCAGCCACGCGCGGCCCGUGAGCCUCGCCACCAGCGGGGGUUCGGAGGAGGAGGACAAAGACGGCGGGGUGCUGUUUCACGUUAACAAGAGCGGCUUCCCCAUCGACAGCCACACCUGGGAGCGCAUGUGGAUGCAUGUGGCCAAAGUGCACCCCAAGGGGGGAGAGAUGGUGGGCGCCAUCAGGAACGCCACCUUCUUGGCAAAGCCUUCAGUACCCCAGGUUCCAAACUACAGGCUGUCAAUGACGAUCCCAGACUGGCUGCAGGCCGUCCAGAACUACAUGAAGACGCUACAAUACAAUCAUACAGGGACCCAGUUCUUUGAAAUUAGGAAAAUGAGACCGCUGAGUGGGUUAAUGGAAACAGCGAAAGAAAUGACUCGGGAGUCCUUGCCUAUCAAAUGCCUUGAAGCUGUCAUCCUGGGCAUAUACUUAACCAAUGGACAGCCUUCCAUCGAGAGAUUCCCCAUCAGCUUUAAAACCUACUUCUCAGGAAACUACUUUCACCAUGUUGUGCUGGGGAUUUACUGCAGUGGCCGCUACGGCUCGCUAGGCAUGAGCCGAAGGGCUGAGCUGAUGGACAAGCCGUUGACCUUUCGGACUCUGAGUGACCUCGUCUUUGACUUUGAAGACUCCUACAAGAAAUACCUGCACACAGUCAAGAAGGUCAAGAUCGGGCUGUAUGUCCCCCAUGAGCCUCAUAGCUUCCAGCCCAUCGAGUGGAAGCAGCUGGUCCUCAAUGUCUCAAAGAUGUUGAGGGCUGACAUAAGGAAGGAGCUGGAGAAAUAUGCCAGGGACAUGAGAAUGAAGAUCCUGAAACCUGCAAGUGCCCACUCUCCAACCCAAGUGAGAAGCCGGGGAAAAUCCCUGUCCCCCCGAAGGAGGCAGGCAAGCCCCCCGAGACGGCUCGGCAGGCGAGACAAGUCCCAAGGCAAGCGACCACGCCGACCACGCCGACCACACCGGCGCCAGCAGAGGACAGCUGUUAGACUGCUUCGGAUGCCUGCACUGCCUGAAAAGAAGGUAGCUGAUCUCAGCACUCUGAACGAGGUGGGCUAUCAAAUCCGAAUUUAGGCCAGCCGUAACAGCCAGCAACAGGGCUUCUAUGGUGCUUCUCUCUGCACUUUACCCAGCAUCUUCAGGAGGAACUGCAACUAUUUAUUAAGAACUUGUGAAUUUUAUUUUUGCGGAUUCACUCGUAAAUAGCCUCUGAGUGGGUGGUAACAAUAAACUGUAAAAAAUUCACAAAGGAACAACCAUGAAAAGGCUAAUAAUAAACCCCACUGGGGUUGGAUUGUGUCCCUCACUCCAGAUGGAAAGGGUAAGACCGUAACUGUUGUUUUAUAUCUUCCCAUUUACCUACUUUCUUUUACUUGUUUUAAACACCGGUAGUAAAUGUUCAUGAAACCCUCCCUUCCACUUUUGAUAUGGUAAGGUAACUCAAUCAGUAUUAAUGUCUUUUUCAGCAAUAACAGAGGCAAAGAUUGGUGGGUUUUUUUUUUUAAGAAGUCAACAUUACCUCAGCAUCUUGACAUCAGAUAUGCAAACUUAAUAGUGGUUUGUUUGGGUUUUUUUUUUAAUAUUCUAUUUGUAUUGUUUCCCCAAUAUUUCCCAUGGGGAGCUCCACAAGGUUUGGAGUUUUUUUCCUGGUGCACACAUGCGAUGAAAUUUAAGGUAUUAUAUGCAAGUGUUUUACUCAAAAAGCACUGAAAUUCUUCUGGCAAUACGGGAAACCAAUUUCAGGACCUUGGAGUUACUUCUUUCUUAAUCUUUCUUAAAGCAUUCACUGAUAGCAGUUUUUGUUCUUUUAAAACAAAGCACGUUCAGAAGCUAGUCUAUGUUCUGUCACUAACAUUUAAACUUUGCAGACUCCAGUAAAAAGCACACGAGGUCAUGCACUGUUACACAAAUUGAGCAGUAUUGCAAUUACCUCUGACAGUAACACACUCAGAAAGGCAGAGGCCAGGAGUGAAUCAGGUCUUGAGAACCAGGUAACCUUUCUGUUCACAUUUCAUCUGAUCUUUAAACUCUGGUCAGGCCUUGAUUCUGAAGGACUCACUGUUGCACUGUUGUUAGAGAUGUGUUCUGAUGUCUUAUAUUAAGACCAAAUACAGCACGAUGUGAUUAUUUUCUAGUACCUUGCUUUUAGGUACCACUUCAUGAUAUUUAGGAACCGGUAUUGGAAAAUACAGUGAAUUAGAGAAGCAGAACCUUUUUUUUUUUUUAAUGAAAAGUCUUCAGGUACAGUGUUAUACCUUAUAGCGUGACCUACUCCAUAGAGCACAGGAUGAAUAUCUGGCCUGCACGUGGUAGUUACAGUGUAAUUUCUGGCUGCAGACCACACAGAAUAACUCUUAACAGCACACCAAGUCUGUAUGUCACCAGGAGCUCAGCUUCUAUUUCACUUGUUUGAUUUCAGCAACCAUGCCAACGCGUGAGACCAAAAGGCACAUUUAAGUCAAGUCCACUAGUCAACAAAAGUGUUAUUUCAGUCUCAGUGCUUCCCUCUCUGGCUUUCUUUGACUGAAGUGUACAUCCCAAUUAGAUUAAAAAAUACAGCAUAAGUUAAAAAUUUGGAACUUAACCACUUUCCUUGAGAAUAGUGCUAUCAGCAGAAUUUAAAAUGAGUUAUCUUUAACCCUCGUAAGAUGAACCCAUUUGCAGUCUCAUGACUACAUGUAUUUAGAUGUUGGGAGUAGUCAAUGAAUCAUUUCAUUCUCAUGCUAAAAUACUGACCUCGCUGUCUCUCUAGAUGAAAUAUAAUCAUUUAUUUAUCAAUAUGAAACUUUAUUCAAUAAAGUAGACUACUUAUUCAAUAAGUAGACUACUUAUAACAUUGCAAUCAUUCUAAGAGCUUGGAACAGGAUUUUCUAAAUAUUAAGUACUGUCCAGUCUAAAAUAUGGAAUGCCAGUAGUUGCACAGCUUCUUGUUUCCCACAGAAAAGGGGAAAGGAAUAGGAAUACAACCUGUUUCUAUUAUGCUGAUGUAUAAGCCUUAAAACUGCCAACUGGCUUGAUGACCCAAUUAGUAACCUGAUGUAUUCCACACUCGCUUGUUGAUUUUAAGAUACAUUUCCCCAAAGCAAGAGUUGGUCACAGAAACAUGAAAAUUAAUUUAAAACGCUCUUAGUUGUUGGUCUAUUUUUAUUGCCUAUGCAAUGUUAAUUUCUAAAAGAUAUGAGAAAGGCACCAAAUUCCUACGUUCUGGUGUAGUAACUUAAUUGAUAAGGCAAGAAAAAAAGACAUGAUUUACCCCCCGGAACUGAUUUUAAAACUGGCUGUAAUUCAAAAGAUAAAGGAAAUGACCUGAAAUCUAGUUUUUAAAGUUAUUAAUGCAAGAGGAAUUUUAUGCUUAAGCCGUUAUGGCAAUACAUGCAAAGUUUAAAUGAAUGACAGAAAUUUUGAUUCUAGACUACAUGUUGUGCUGUUUUGAGUACACUUUAUUUCAGAAAGUGAUAUUUAGUAUUUUCUAUAUUCUCUGAAAUCAUAAGCAUUUCACUUUUUCUAAGUCAGUUAUUUCAUAAGGAUUUUAUUAAUAGAUAUUGGUAAAUAGAACUUUGGAAACCUUAAUUCAGUAUUCUUACUAUACCCGAGGCUUUUGUAAGCUAUAGUUUUAUGUACAACCCUGUACAGUUUUUUUGACAUACAAUUCAGAAUCUUGUUUAUUCUCUUGGACUUUGUUCUGGCCAAUACAUUUUUUUUUAAAUCUUUUAAGAAAAACUGUGAUUGUUUUAGUGGGUAUUUUUCUAAGUAAAUGAAAACUUGUAUAAUGGUAUUUUAGAGAAUGCCAGAUAAGUGCAUGUUUCAAGUUAAUGUUUUUCUCAUCACUUGUAUGUUUAUACACAGCAUGGGACUUUAAUAAAACCAUCCUGGAAACUCAAGGAUUGU